CAGGAAGCCCUAAAACAUCGAAGUCCAAAUUCCCAAAAGCACACUACUAUACUGAACCCAACCAACCCAGAGUGUUCUGCGAGACUCAAACUCUCUCCCUCUCCUUCGUCGUCACUGAAUCGCCGUUCCUCUCUCUUCAUCUGUUCUCCAUUGUUGCACCUUCAAUCUCGGUCUUAAAGAAAAUAGGAGAAAUCGAAGAUGUCGCUGAGAAUGCUAAACCCUAAUGCGGAAGUGCUGAACAAAUCAGAAGCGCUUCGUAUGAACAUCAAUGCUUCUAAGGGUUUGCAGGAUGUUCUCAAGAGUAAUCUUGGACCUAAAGGCACCAUCAAAAUGCUUGUUGGCGGUUCCGGUGAUAUUAAGCUCACCAAAGAUGGCAACACUCUUUUGAGAGAAAUGCAAAUCCAAAACCCAACGGCAAUAAUGAUCGCAAGGACAGCUGUUGCUCAGGAUGAUAUCAGUGGAGACGGGACAACCUCCACAGUGAUCUUUAUUGGAGAGCUUAUGAAGCAAGCAGAUCGUUACAUAGACGAAGGAAUGCAUCCACGUGUAAUGGUUGAUGGCUUUGAGAUUGCAAAAAGAGCCACUCUCCAAUUUCUAGAGAAGUUUAAAACUCCUGUUGUAAUGGGUGAUGAGCCCGACAAAGAAAUUCUUAAAAUGGUCGCAAGAACAACAAUCAGAACCAAGCUUUAUGAAUCUCUAGCAGAUCAGUUGACUGAGAUAGUUGUAAAUGCGGUUCUUUGUAUCCGCAAGCCAGAGGAACCAAUUGACCUCUUUAUGGUGGAGAUCAUGCACAUGCGCCAUAAGUUCGAUGUUGACACGAGAUUGGUUGAGGGCCUUGUCCUUGAUCAUGGCUCGAGGCAUCCUGAUAUGAAGCGUAGAGCAGAGAAUUGUUACAUAUUGACUUGUAAUGUGUCACUGGAGUAUGAGAAAAGUGAAAUAAAUGCAGGAUUCUUUUACUCAAACGCAGAGCAGAGAGAGGCUAUGGUUGCUGCUGAGAGGCGCUCUGUUGAUGAGAGAGUGAGGAAGAUCAUUGAACUGAAGAAUAAGGUUUGUGCUGGUACCGAGAACAACUUUGUGGUCAUUAACCAAAAAGGAAUCGACCCCCCUUCUCUGGAUAUGCUGGCAAGGGAAGGAAUAAUCGCCCUCCGUAGAGCAAAGAGAAGGAACAUGGAAAGGUUGAUCUUGGCUUGUGGAGGAGAUGCUGUUAAUUCAGUCGAUGAUAUGACACCAGAUGUCCUUGGAUGGGCUGGGUUGGUGUAUGAACAUGUCCUCGGAGAAGAGAAAUACACAUUUGUUGAAAAUGUUAGGAACCCUCAUUCCUGUACUAUUCUUAUUAAAGGACCCAACGAUCAUACAAUUGCCCAGAUAAAGGAUGCCAUUCGUGAUGGACUCAGAGGGGUAAAAAACACUAUUGAAGAUGAAGCUGUCAUAUUGGGAGCUGGAGCUUUUGAGGUUGCUGCAAGGCAGCACCUAGUCAAUGAAGUGAUGAAAACUGUACAAGGGCGUGCCCAACUCGGUGUGGAAGCAUUUGCUGAUGCUCUUCUGGUAAUCCCCAAGACCCUUGCUGAAAAUGCUGGUCUUGACACGCAAGAUGUGAUAAUUUCCCUUAAGGGAGAGCACGACCGAGGAAAUGUUGUGGGAUUGAAUCAGCACACUGGGGAACCCAUUGACCCACAGAUGGAGGGUAUAUUUGAUAACUAUUCUGUGAAGCGCCAAAUUUUAAACUCAGGGCCUGUAAUUGCAUCUCAGUUGUUGCUUGUUGAUGAAGUAAUUCGUGCUGGGCGUAACAUGAGGAAACCUACUUAGUUUUUUUUAUUGGUUUUCUUUGAAUUUUGAAUUAGAUCCCCAAGAGGGGGGGCUCGUUUGUUCUUAAAAUUUUUGUAUGAUGGCUAUAAGAAUUUGUGGGGAAAUUUUGUACUUAGCCGAAGACACUCAAGUAGGUGUGUUUAUGUAAGAUCUUCGUGGGAAAUGAACCAAACAAACAGGAUCACCUGUUUUCAGACAUUGUUCCCUUUGCGUUUCAAAUAGUGGAAAGUGAGCUAGUAAUUUACUGA